AUGACGCCAACACAAACAAACGACACAACCGAAGGCGGCGACAAUCUGGUGAACGGUUUGAAACAAGAAGAAGAGAUUGAGCAAUCGGCAGUGAAGAGGUUGUCGGACGAGCAAGACCAUGUGUUGAAGUCUUUCAGAUUGCUGAUUGCAGAUCUAUGCCAACAGUUCAACGGGGGGCAUCCUGGAGGAGCAAUUGGCAUGGCAGCGAUUGGAGUUGCAUUGUGGAAGUAUGCGAUGCGGUAUGCGCCGCACACGCCAACCUAUUUCAACCGCGACCGAUUUGUUCUGUCGAAUGGUCACACAUGCCUUUUUCAAUACACAUUCCUCCAUCUCACAGGCUUCAAAGCCAUGACCCUGGACCAACUGAAGUCUUACCAUUCCGAUCGUGUCGACGCUCUUUGCCCAGGUCACCCGGAAAUCGAGCAUGAAGGUAUCGAAGUGACGACGGGCCCACUGGGACAAGGCGUUGCGAACGCCAUCGGUCUAGCCAUGGCGACGAAGAAUCUACAGGCGACAUACAACAAACCAGAUUUCGAUGUUGUUUCGAACCACACAUGGUGUAUGACCGGGGAUGCUUGCUUGCAAGAAGGUGUAGCACUCGAAGCGAUUUCGUUCGCGGGCCAUCUGAAGUUAAACAACCUUACUCUUAUCUAUGAUAACAAUCAGGUCACUUGUGAUGGCAGUGUUGAUCUCACUAAUACCGAGGACAUCAACGCAAAGAUGAGAGCAUGUGGCUGGGAUGUCAUUAACAUUGAAGAUGGAUGCUUUGAUAUCGAGGGCAUAGUCGAGGCGUUGAACAAGGCCCGCGCAUCGACUGACAAGCCCACCUUUAUCAACGUACGGACGAUUAUCGGACUCGGUAGCGCUAUGGCAGGGGACGCCGUUACACAUGGGCAAGCGUUUGGGGCCGACGAUGUGGCCAACAUGAAGAAGAUGUACGAGUUCGACCCGGAAGUGCACUUCAUCAUCAGCGAGAAAAUGCGCAAAUUCUUCGCAGAUAUUCCUGCAAGGGGCCAAAAGUUGGUGCAGGAGUGGGACAAGAAAGUGCAGCAGUAUGCCACAAAGUACCCCGAGUUGAACGCAGAGUUCCAGCAGCGAAUCAAGGGGCGUCUUCCUGAAGACUGGAAGGAGCUAAUUCCCAGUUCUUUCCCGGAUCAGCCCACGGCCACAAGAAAAGCGUCAGGGCUGGUGUUUAAUCCUCUUGCGGGGAAGGUCAAUAGUUUUAUGGUCGGCACUGCAGAUCUAUCACCGUCAGUUAACAUGAUAUGGAAGGAUAAGGUCGACUUCCAGCACCCUGAUCUAAAGACUGCGUGUGGCAUUACCGGAAACUACAGCGGACGAUACAUCCACUACGGUGUGCGAGAACAUGCCAUGUGCGCGAUCUCGAACGGUUUAGCAGCUUUUGCUCCCAACACCAUCAUCCCUGUGACAUCGUCCUUCUUUAUGUUCUACAUUUACGCAGCAGCAGCAGUUCGCAUGGGCGCGCUGCAGCAACUCCAAGUCAUACAUUUGGCAACACAUGAUUCUAUAGGUACUGGUGAAGAUGGUCCGACACAUCAGCCUAUUGAGUUGGCGAAUCUCUACCGAGCGAUGCCCACCUUGCUGUACAUCCGACCAGGAGAUAGCGAAGAGACUGCAGGUGCGUGGAUCACGGCCAUCGAGGCAAAGAAUGCGCCGACCAUUAUUUCGACAUCGCGACACACUCUGCCACAGUUGCCACAAACAAAGCGAGACUCAGUGGCAAAGGGCGCGUAUGUGUUAGACGAGGUUGAAGACGCAGACGUAACCCUGAUUGGUGUGGGUGCUGAGCUGAGCCAUGCCGUCGGUGUUGCAAAGGAGUUGAAGAAAAAAGACAUCAAGGCGCGAGUCGUCAGUUUCCCGUGCCAGCGGCUCUUUGAGGCUCAAUCAUUGGAGUACAGGCGAGACACGCUGCGGCGACAUCGCGGAAUUCCUGCUAUUGUGAUUGAGCCAUUCGCGCCCAAUGGUUGGGAGAGAUAUGCCGAUGCCGGUGCUUGCAUGAGGCGAUUCGGUCAUAGUCUUCCUGGCAAAGCUGCGUACAAGAUGUUCGGCUUCGACGUGCCGUCACUGACAGUGAAGGUCGAGACAUAUCUGCAAAAGGUGCAGGAAGAUCCUCUCUUGCGAGGAGAGUUUGUAGAUUUAUAA